ACUAGUAUUCUUGUGUGGUUGAAUGUCAUUGUGAAGAAGUGUAUACAUGUUCUGAACAAAUGAAUAUGGCACUGCGCUUGUGUUCCUAUAGUUCAAUAUUUUAUGAAAGUGUUGUACACACGUAAUUGCUGCCUACUUCCGAAAAAUCAACGCAUGCGCGUAGAGAAUCUGUGUGUGUCGGGUUACGACGACGAAUCAGUGUUGUGUACGUUGUGUAGCCGGUGCUUUUAAUGUUUGAUCUUGCUGUGUGAAGUAGUCGCAAGUGUAUGAAAUAAAUAAGACGUGUGUUACUGACAAAUUUUCAGAGCAAAAAUAUAUAAAUACUCUGUGCAGGAUAAUGCGUUUAUUAUUAAAAUCUAGCUAGGAUCAAGAUAACACUACACCCAGACCGAAUCUAAAAUUCGUGUAGUAUUUCCUAACCAAGAAGGAUAUAAGUUAUUUUGAGUCCGAAAUGCCUACAUGGAAUCAGAUCCAAUCACAGCUGCGAAAUCCCAAUAAUCCUGUGGUUUUUUUUGACAUCAGCGUCGGAACUACAGAAAUCGGCAGAAUGAUCCUCGAAUUGUUUGCUGACGUUGUUCCAAAGACGUGUGAAAACUUCCGAGAAUUUUGUACAGGAGAAUACAGGCGUGAUGGAGUACCCCUUGGUUACAAAGGAGCUAUAUUUCACAGAGUUAUAAAAGAUUUUAUGAUUCAAGGUGGAGAUUUUGUUAAUGGGGAUGGUACUGGAGUAAUGAGCGUUUAUGGUGGAGGAACAUUUGCAGAUGAGAAUUUCUCUUUGAAACAUGAUGCACCUGGGUUAUUAUCCAUGGCAAACAGUGGUAAAGACACAAAUGGCUGCCAAUUUUUCAUCACAUGUGCAAAAUGCAACUUCUUGGACGGCAAGCACGUUGUGUUUGGUCGAGUGAUCGAUGGUCUUCUGGUGAUGAGAAAGAUUGAGAAUGUGCCUACUGGGCCCAAUAACAAACCAAAAAUCCCAGUUGUGAUAUCACAGUGUGGUCAAAUGUAAGCGUGAAUGAAGGUCUGAAAGAAAUUCGAACUUUACUAAGUGCAUAUAGUGAAAUGACUUGUGUUUAUAAGAAACCAACUUGUGUAUUUUUAUGAAUGUUGAUAUUGCAUAAUAUCAUUCUCAUAGUUUUUAAUAAACAGAAAUAAAAACUGAUUUGUUAUUAGCAUACUAUAUGAAUGGUUUAUUUCAGAAACAAUGUAAGUCAGUGUAGAGUAACUUU